GUGCUGAGAUUGGAAUCUAUUAUCAAUUUUGAGUUUCCCGUGCUAACAUUCUGCAAUUCAUUUAAAUGAAUGGUUUUUGCCUUUUUGGUGCCCAAUGCAUUGCUCAACACUUCAGUGAAACCGAUUUUUGUUGCUUGUAGUUAAUUGUGUUUUUUUAUUAUAUAUUUUCCUUUAUUGUUUGUAGCUCAUCUGGUUUUGUGUUUCUGAUUCAUAAUGUUUUAUCUUCUCAUUCGUACUUCCAAGAUUCGAAGCAUGUUUGUUGACAAAAUACUAAUCUAGAGAAGCAGACCAAACAAAAUCUGGUAAUUUUCGAAUACCGAUUAGUGUAUUUGGUACCCUAAUACCAAAGUCAAAUGGGAGUCGGAUAGUAGAUUUUCAGCUUAAUCGGGGUCGGGUAAUACCAAUUUCGCAAAUAUCACAUAAUAUACUUUUCUCCUAAAUUUAUUAUACAGACAAGAAUACGAGCUGCGCCCCUUUUCAUCUAUUUUUCUCCAUAACCAUAAUCACUGCAUCACGGUCGCCUUUGCACUAAAAUCUUGAGUUGGGAAGGUAGCUAUCGUCGGAGUGGCCGCCACAAAACCCUACCACUGCCAUUCGUGCCUCUGUCUCUAUUGCUUCCAAACUCCGAAAGCAUAUGGUGUGACAAGAUGGUAACUGGUGCAGAAGAGGAUCCAAAGAAGAAACCGCAGCCGCAGUUGGUGAAGUUGAAUCAUGCUUUCAAAUUGGCUGAGCAAUGGGUUAAUAACAUGAGUAAAUCAUCAUCCAAUGAUAAAUCAACUUCGAUAGAUUUGGAAGGGCGUCCGAUGAGGCUUGGUAUUGGUGCAACCGUUCCUAAAGAAUCCCAAUUUACACGUUCAAGUAAUCCUGUUGAAAGAAAGCUGCUUGCCAAGCUGCACAACGACAAAAGAAAAGUCGCCAUGAAAGAUGAAGCUUUGGUCCCGUCUGCAGAAAAUGGAAAGGCUGAUGAAGAAGACAGCGAUGAAGAGGAGUCGGAAAGCAAAACCCGAGCUUUCACCAAGAAGAGAACUCCGAAUUCAAUUUCACAUCUACAUGCCAGAAAGAAGCGUAGGUAAUUGGUGUAUUUUUGUAAGAAACGCUGUCUGAGACAUUGGCUGAACAUACUCUUCGACGCUUACAGCAACAACCGUGUAGUUUUCAUGUAGUUUUGGUCUCUCUUUUCUAUUCAUGUUAUGCACAUGUAAUGUACCCUGCAAAAAAUGACUUGUAACUUUAAUGAAAAAAUAGGCGAUUUUGUUUA